GGAAGUAGCAGACCGGUAAUUAGUUCGCGACAGUCGCAUCGAGGCAGAAUGACGCAUGUCACUAAGGACUAGCACUAACAUACGACUCACCGCCGCAACGCGCGAAAAAAAAAUAAAAAACUGAAUCGACAAAAAAAAACAUUGAACCUACUCACCAAAUUUUAUAAGAAUCGGUUAAGAAUUGCGACUUGUAGAGGAGAACAAUCGGUCAUACGAUAGUAUUUUUGCCCAAGCUGAAACGUAGACCUUUGCUAACGCUCGGUCAGUUAUUAAGCCAAGACAUAGCAAGACAAGAGUAAGCAUAUUGUCGACAUCUGUAUUUUAAGAUUUACUAUAAUUUACUUCUUUGUUAGCUUAAUAACGACCCUAAUGGUGACAUUAUUUCUGUAACUGUAACUAUUUAUUUUCUACCUUAAUGACGACCCGUUCUUGGUGAAUUUAUUUAUACAAUUGAAAUUUAAAAACUUUAGUCAUUAUAAAUGAAUUAUUAAUUGUCACAUGUUUUUCUUAUGUAUAUAAAGUAAGACAAACCGACAAUCACAAUAUAAAUUCCUAAGAAUUUACCACGCGUAGUUUUAAGUGAAAUUGUAUAUUGUGAGAUAAAUAAAUCAUAUCAUAUCAUAUCAUGGAGUAUCGGACCAGAAAUCAGCUUCCAAGCAUUUUCAGAAGCGUUAAGGGUAGCGUUCGUAAGCGACAUCGGUUGUAUGCUCCCAUACCGACGUCUCUUCGGUAGUUAUGCAGGCGACAGAACUAUCUCAAGAUGGAUCUCAAGAUAAACUCAAGCUAUUGUUGUUGACAAGCGUGGAAGCUAUCUUAGGAUUGUCUGAAUAAUUUUUAAGUGACGGAACUGUUUCAUAAUUUAGAUAAACAGCCGCGGCUAUAAAAUGGCCCUAAAACUCAAGUACACCGACGAGCACGGCAUCCUACACAUCAACAUGAGCCCCUCCUCGACCCCCAAACCAGAAUCCGGGUCCGACCUCACCGACCCCAAGUUCGACACCAUCAACUCCCGCUUCCAACAGUACGAUCUCUUCGGAGGCAAAUACGAAGUGGAAGGGGAACCACAGUCAUUAUUCCGAAGCCGCUACAACAGUAUUGAGGAGGAACUAGCUAAUACGCCUUACGCGUUCAGCGGCGAGCGGUCGCUAGAUAUAACUAUUAAACAAUCUUUAAACGCGUCUCCGUCUAAAGAUAUAGAAGACGAUAGAUUCUUUAGAAACUUAGACGAUGAUAGCCUAUUCGGACCACAAAUAGACAAGGCUAGCUCUGAUGAAUCGCCAGCAUUUACAGUGACUCAAUUAAUACAUGCACAGGACAGAUAUUUUGAUUUGUCGUCUAGACAAUCGAGUAGUGUGUUAGAUAGUCCGCGGAGUGGUAAAGUGGUGGUUGAGGUGAGAAGUGCGCCGGGGUCGGCCAAGAGGGAUGAGGCCUUCAAAGUGCUACCCGGGGAGGCUGUGAAGGCUGCACCCGCGAAUCCCGUGGUGCCAACAGCGAAGCGGAAAAAGGAGUCAUCUUUCGCGAUAAUAGCGGAGACGCCUGACGCGUCCCGCCCCUCCAGCCCACGCUCUCUUCCCGUUGAGACUAGAACAGGCCGAGUGUCACCUUUUAAAGGCCGAGGCUUCAGAGAAGAGACCUCCCGCCACAACACCCCACGGACCUCCGCGGCCAACUCUCGCGUCAACUCUCGCGCAAACUCUCGCGCUAACUCUCGCGCCAGCUCUCCAACGCGCAGGCGCACCAACUCCCUCUCCAAGGCGGACAAGAUGGCCGCCGCCACCCUCGCCCCUCUCGCUCUCAGCAGGCCGCACUCCCCCCGCAACUUCCUCAAAGAAAACAUAGAAGAAGUCAGAGAAUUAAGUGAGCUGAACAGAGAAAAGCAUGAAGCCGAAGCAGAACAGAAAAGAAUAGAAGAAGAAGCAGCCCUAUUGAAAGAAAUGGGAGUUCUGGAUAAAAAUGCAAGUGCUGAAGUUAUAAGAAGCGUUGUUGGCUCUAGAACUACUUCAAGAUGCAGUUCGCCUAAUAAAAUCAAUUUGAAGAGCAGAUCUAGCUCUCCAGUUGCUAUUCUUCAUUAUGAGAACAUACCUGCUGAAAGUAAAGAGUUUGUUAAUGGGACUGAUGAGCAUGCUAAACCUGUGACACAUAUGUCGAGACGGGCAGUGUCGAGAUCGCAGCCGCAGUCCAACAAUGGAUCACCCCAGCAUUCUAAAAUCCCUAAGAGACAAAGCUCAGUAUCACCUAAAAGAACAGUGACUGUACGCGAUUUUUCAAACUCAAGAAAACCUGUUGAAAGUAAUUUAAACAGGAGUCAGAGGUAUAUGUCAAAUAGUACAAGUAGCAUACAUGAGACGAUAAGGAUUGGAGGAGGAGCUCAUGAUAAAAGGAAUAUGAGUAAGAGCACUCAGCAUUUAAAUGUAGCUCCAACUGUCAAAGGAAAACCACCGAUUUCCCCCGGAAGGGGUGGACCUCCUCCAUCUAACAGACUCAUCAAUGCUAAACGAUUAUCGCCCAUUGUUGGGACUCCAAACAAAAGCCCCACGGAAGACCUGAAGCCAAGCUCUGCCAAAACGCCAAAACCUUCCCCGUUAGCCAAGAAACCAAUCAAAACUGCCGGUAAUACUCCUGCUACGUCUAGAUUGAAUUCUAGACAGCCUAGCAGAACUGUAAGCAGAGACCCUAGCCCGGAGAAAAGACGGCCACUCACUAAAGUAUCUAUUUCCUCUAGACCUCCAUCUAAACCUGCUCAGACGAAACCCGUGAAUAGGACAUCGAGCACUCGAUUGACUCAGAAACCUAAUGUAACUAAACCUGAAGUGAAAAAACCUAUAAAUAGAACAAACAGUAUGAAAAGUUUAGUCAGAACACCUAGUACAAAAACACUAAAUGAAAAACCACCCCUAAUUAAAAGGGAGAGUAAAAGAGAUAUCAAACCUAAAGCUCAAUCAACUCCUAAAUUAAAUGAAGUCGGUAUAAAGAAAGACUCUGUGAAAGAAGAAACACUUAGAAGUGCAAAAAAAGAACCUACUAAAGUUGAAAAAGCUAAAUCUGCUAGUAAAGAUAAAGUAAAAGACAAGGUUGAAGAAACAAAAGUUGAACCAACCGUUGCAAAUACUUCGACGGAAAAAGAUGACAUCAAGUGUCAAGAUAAUGAAACGCAAUAUGACAAGAUUGUAAAUGAAAAUGGUGAAAUAGUUCUUUUAACGAAAAAGAGCGUUAUUUCAAUGACAACUGCUGCUAUAACUGCUCAGCCAUUAGAUGUUGUUACUAAAGUCACAAACCAACUACCUGCCGCUUUUGAAAAAGCGAGAGAAAAAGGUAUUUUUGAAAGGCACAGUUCUAAGGACUCAUUAGCCCCUAAAGAUGAAGAGAAAGAAAGAGAGAAAGAGAAAGAUAUCGCAGAGGAACCCAAAAUCACUGAAGAUAAGCCUGAAGAAAAGAAGGCGACAAAAACAACUAAACCUGAGAAGAGUUCAAAUUUCAUGGAUGAUAAUAUCAAAUUAAAACCUUUACUGCCACCUUACACUAACCCCCAAGUAGAACGAGUGAGACAAAAGAUAGAUGAUAUCCUUAAGACACCCGAAGUUUCCACUGAAAAUAUAUUAGCAGCUGCUACAAUAGCUGAAAAAGAAACUAAAAGCAAGGCUAAGAACCUAGCAGAUAAAACUAAAGACGAGAUAAAAGAAGCUAAGAACGAAAUUGCAACUAAAGCAGCAAAUGCUAAAGACGAAAUCGUAAAAGAAAGUGACAAAGCAGUUACAGAGAUUCGCUCUGAAGCGACUAAGAUUGUAGACAGUAUUAUAACACCAGUCGAAGAGCCUAAAGCAGCAGAAAAAGUUGAAGAAGCCAAAAAGACUAUAGAACCUAUAGUUAUGGUUGUUAACGAGAAAAAACAGAGUACGAAUGAGGUAGUUGAAACUAUGAGCGAGACGCUGGUUAAAGGGGAGCCGGAAGUGGAAGUGCAGAGUUCUAAUUUGUCUUCUCCGGGGGUAAACAAGAUGGCGGUGCAGAGCAAGAUGGCCGACGGAAACGAUUCUGACAAGUCGACACACAGCAAUGGAGGUUACCCCGGCCAAUCCACGCUGCAAAGAUUUCCCCAAAGCACCAGCACCACACCAAAACCCCCCGCGCGAGCACACCGCCAAUCAAAAGAAGAAGACAAACCCAAAGAUGAAGACCCGAAGAAACCAAAUAUCUGCUCCCGUCUCAUCGGGAAGUGCAGACAGUGCUGCCCUUGCUGCGGCAAGCCGGAGAUCGAUGAUGAUGAAGUUAAGAAUGUGGAGGAGGGCAAAGGGGUUAUGAGUAAGCUGAACUGCUGUAAGAGGAAGAAGGAGGAAGAGCAGAGGAUCAGGGAUGUAGAGAGAGCGGCGGGGAAAGCGGCAAUAGAAUUCGAAAACGAAACAAAACGAAAACGCAAACUACGCGACGUAAUCUGCUGCUGCGGUCGUAGACGCGUCAGUGACAGCAGCAUUUCCGGAAUCCCUUACAGCGUCAGUGAGGAUGCAGCGCAAGCUGGGUGCUGCGGGAAAAGAAAACCAGUGGUAGAGCGGCGAGACAGUAUACUCAGCGACAGACAGCCUGCCACUUGCUGCAACAACCGGCUCUGCACGUGGCUGCGCGGGAUGUGUCGGCGCCGCUCUGAGCACUCAUCUAGCCGCAGGACCAGCCUCUUCUCCAAGAACAAGAGCUUGUCCCCCACUUUGCCACCUGAGGACACACGGAAAAAACUUGAUCCUUCACUGGUGGAACACUCAAGCAUGAUGCGCGCUGCGAUUCCAGCGCUACCCAUCGUUUUGGCCUACUGGUGUCUUUUCUGCAACGUAGUUGUGCCUGGAUUGGGGACGGUGUUUAGCGGAAUGUUCUGUCUAUGCUUCGGCAUCCCCAGGUUCGGGGUUCACGACGGCGCCAAACACAGGAUAGGUUCGUUCGUGAUCAACUUGCUGGUGGGUUGCGGGCAGCUUUUCACGGUGCUCUUCUGUCUGGUGGGAUGGGGCUGGUCCAUUUGGUGGGGAGUCAUCAUGCUCAGAGUAUCCCGUAAAUACCGGAAGCUGAAAGCAGAGGCGGCGGAGGAAGAGGCCGAGGCCCCGCCGGUCACUUCCAACAACCACACGGCGCGGGCUUAAAGGACGCAGCUGGACAGCAUUUAAGAAGAAAUGUUAAAUACGCAAUUAUGUACGCCCUUACUCCUUCUUGUCUAAUGGUUCUUAACCGGUGGUCUGCGAUCCACUGGUGGUCCCUGGAAGCACUUGAAGUGCAAGGAAAAUAACUUUUACAGAGUGGUCGAUUUUCACUGCCCUAGUCAGACUUUUGCAGAGCUAGGGUCGGCAAACCAAAGCCGCAUGCGGCUCUUUCGGAGCACAUUUAUUGUUUAAUUGAUAAUUUACAACAAACAUUGAUAAUUUAUGUAAACAGGCGUAAUCAACAUGAAAUGGCUCUUAAAAACUCCAGUAACUGAUGGAAUUUUCACUGUGGAUAGCUGGCUCAUAUGAGUCCGACCCUUGGCCCUAGCUAGACUAUCAUUCGAGUAACUUGUCGACAGUUAUUCAUGUGGGUGAAUCAGAAUCGAGCUAACUAAAGAAACAAGCCGAACUGUGCUAGAUACGUAUU